AUGUGCCGCAUCGAACCCAAAGUUCGCAAACCAGGUAGAGGAGCAAAAUCGCGAAGCACUCAACCUGAAGAACCAUCCACAUCUAAAGCACCGGCGGCAGUCAGUGAGGUAGCCAAGAAGCACUUGGCCGCGUCGCUUACUGAUCGCAGUAACCCUUUGGGACGAAUAACGCAGGAGCAAUGGAAGGUAGUUGAGAUGAAGCUACUGGAGGCUCUUUUCGCAAAAAUUGACGCUGAUCCGAGCGCAACAAUGCCUACAUUUGAUGGAGCAGGUUGGGUCAGUGGCGUGAAGAUAAUAAAAUGUAAAGACGACCUCACUCUCAUACGGGUUAAGGAAACGGUGAAAAGACUUCAAGGCCUAUGGGAAGGGGCAUCUGUUGAAAUCGUGGAUCGGAGUUGCAUACCAACGAUACCGAAAGCUAAGGUGCUGAUACCGCGCACGGUCAAUCCAGAGUAUGCCUUAAAACUCCUGCAACGACAAAAUACGGAUGUUCCUACCGAUGAUUGGAAGAUGUUGAAGGUGGCUAAAUCAGCAAGUGCGGAUGGAGGCCAAAACUGCAUCAUCCAAAUUAAUAAAACAACGGAGGACAUCUUAUAUGCAAGGCUUGGGAAGAGUAUGGCGUAG